UAACUCACUAAAAAUCAUCAUCUUUUGGAAUGUCUAUUAUCUCAGCACAUAAAUUGAAGCGCCCCUGACUUUUUGGAUGCCAAUCAAUAUAGAGUAUUAUAGUACAUGCUUUCAUAUCUAUUUCAGCCGUCUACUAGACCCAAAAGGCUCAAAGACAUCGCAGUGGAUUGCUGCUCGAAACUGAAGCAUGGAUCGCUCCUCAAACCGAGAACACCGAGAUAACCAAGAUCGUCGCGCUUCAGGUAAACGAGGCCCAGAUAUUUUAGAGUGGAAGUGGCAAUUUGAAGCAAAAUCUAAGAAAGACUUAGCAUGGCAUGAUGUUGGAACGUGGGUUAACUUCAAAUAUUCGGGGACUCGCGAACUUGAAGUUCUUGUACGAUAUGCUGGAUAUGACAAGGUGGAUGAAGAGUGGGUGAAUGUGAAAAACGAGAUGCGAGAGAGAUCUAUCCCAUUGGAACCUUCACAGUGUCACAAGGUGAAGGAUGGAGAUCUUGCAGUAUGUUUACAGGAAAGGGAUCAUUAUGCACUCUACUUUGAUGCUCGUGUAGUGAGAAUUCAAAGGAGGCAACAUGAUGCGACAGAUUGCAAGUGUAUCUUCACUGUUAGAUUUCUCCAUGACAACUCUGAGGAAGAAAUUGAUUGGAAGAAGGUAUACUAUAGGCCUACACAAGAGGAAUCUGUUGUCGACCAUAACACCCCAGAACCUACCAAAGAACCCAAGAGGCCUAAACAAGAGGAAUCUGUUGGCUGCCAUAGCUCCCCAGAACCUACCAAAGAGCCCAGCCUAAGUGACAUUGAGAACUUAUGGCCAUGAAAAGAUCUCAUUCUUCUUUCGUAUUUCCAUUUCAUCGUUAUGAUUUGGCACAGACAAUAUAAUGGGUUUUUGUUAUAUAUUUGGUACUUAUUUAGAAGUGAAACAUAAGGGACCAAAGAUUUUAAAAAAACCAUUUUUUUUUCUGA